GACGAAUGCGUAUAUGCAGAGCUGUCAUCGGGCUGAUCUUUUGCGGGCUGGUUGUGGUUUGUUGCAUAAUCCAUCAAAACUUAAUAGUUAUAUUACAAAAUGCUCAAGCCAGCAUCGGUACCCGGCUAUUUCAGAGCAGUGAGUCAAGUAGUAAGCAAUCAGCUAAACACGUCUCAUCAGUCCCUAGUACUAGCUAAAAAGCCAGCGGUGCAUAUACCAUUCAAUGGAUCGACCCUUGUCUCGCUAGCCAGAGCGCUGCCCAAUGGGAACGUAAUCAUCUCCUCUGGCCCUGCAGUUUCGACUCAAGUUAGAUGGGCUCAUACCGAUAUACACAUCCCUGAUUGGACGGAAUACCGCAGGGAAAGUACUAAAAACCCCAACGUUAAAACUUCCCAUAACGAAGACAACAGAAAAAAUUUCACCUAUCUUAUGGCAGGCGGGCUAGGUGUGAGCGGCGCCUAUGCCGCUAAAUCUGUGGUUACCCAGUUUGUAAGUUCAAUGAGCCCAUCAGCUGAUGUACUGGCCAUGGCCAAAAUUGAAGUUAAACUGGCGGAUAUACCUGAGGGUAAAUCUGUGACCUUUAAGUGGAGAGGUAAGCCUCUGUUCAUUCGACACAGAACUCCAGAGGAGAUAUCUACAGAACAAUCAGUGCCAGUUUCGACCCUCAGAGAUCCUCAGCAUGACAGCGAACGCUCCCCAAAACCCGAAUGGCUUGUGGUGAUAGGUGUCUGCACCCACUUGGGUUGUGUGCCAAUCGCUAACGCCGGCGACUUCGGUGGGUACUAUUGUCCUUGUCAUGGGUCGCACUAUGACGCCUCGGGGAGGAUUCGUAAGGGACCGGCCCCACUUAAUUUGGAAGUGCCCCCUCAUGAAUUUAACGAGGGGUUACUAGUUGUAGGUUAAUAGAUAUUGAAUUUAUUUAUGUGUAAGUGUGGUGGAGACAUCUGUUAACUAUUCAAUAAUAUAAUUAUCGGUAUUA